AUGAGGAGGAUAAUUGGAAAGGAGACGCUGUGUACCUCAAACCCGGAGACUACAAAAGGGCCCUGCUAUAUAAAACAUGUAUUUAAGAUAGAAAGUGGUGAGUACUGGUGUGACGGUUACGGGAAAGCAAGGAGUAAAUCUGCUAACAUCAGUAUCACAGCUGGCUCUGUGAUCCUGGUGAUUCCUGCUCUUCCUGUACCUGAAGGAGAAAAUGUCACACUCACCUGUAUGAACAAGACGACUCCAGCCGCUGUAGCUAAUUUCAAUAAAGGCAGCGCCUUAAAAGGAGGAAGUAUGACCAUCUAUAAUGUCUCAAAGUCUGAUGAAGGGUUCUACAAGUGUAGCAUCCCUGGAGUAGGGGAAUCUGCAGAGAGCUGGUUGGCUGUCAGAGAUCAACCCUCUAAUGUCGUCAUCAUCAUGUGGACUUCAAUCUUGUUGGCUUUUCUGCUGCUGGUGUUGGGACUUUUUGUGUGCUUUAAACACAAAGCUCUCAUCUGUGCGACGUGGAAGUCAUUGAGGUCAAGAUAUCACACAGGUGACAUGGAACCAGUGUCAGCAGGGACUCAUGAGGAUGAUCCAGAGAUGGGUAGGGAUGCUGGAUGA